CCUUCUACUCUCUUCCCUGUCCAUUCUUUUCCCUCAAACAGAAGUCAGAACAAUAAUUCCGAGUCGGAACAACAACGAACCAGAGAGACCUGCCAUGGCAACGGCGGAGAAGCAAGUGAUGAUCGUCGCCGUCGACGAAAGCGAGCACAGUACCUACGCGCUGGAGUGGACGCUUGAUCACUUCUUCGUUCCUCUAGGUGACAGUUGCUUGUUCAAGCUCGUCAUCGUUCACGCCAAACCUUCAUGUACUUCUUCCGUCGGCCUCGCCGGACCUGGAGCUGCGGAGAUUUUGCCGAUGGUUGAAUCGGAUUUGAAGAGGAUAGCUACUAGAGUUCUUGAGAAGGCGAAGGAACUUUGCUUGAGUAAAUCGGUGAGUGAUGUUACACUUGAAGUGCAUGAAGGUGAUGCUAGGAAUGUCUUAUGUGAGGCUGUAGAAAAACAUCAUGCCUCAAUACUGGUGGUGGGCAAUCAUGGUUAUGGAGCUAUAAAAAGGGCUGUUCUUGGCAGUGUUAGUGACUACUGCGCUCAUCAUGCUCAUUGCACUGUGAUGAUUGUGAAGAGGCCUAAAACCAAACACUAGGCCACCAUUUCUGUACCUCCGAAUAAAACACAGAACAGUAUUUAGAGCUUAGUGUUCGUCACCAAUAAUAAUCUCAAUAGUGAACAACUGAACACUAUUACCACAGUUAUUGCAUUCAAGUGUUACUAGAUUCCGCUAUAUCUCUGUGUACAUGAGCACGUUUAUUUCCUAUCAAGAGUGUGCUGUGUUUGUAUUGUAAUAUUCUUGGUAUUAAUGAUGCCAAGACCAUAUAAUAAUUGUUUAUUCUCUCA